UACACAGCAGCCUCAACUGGGGCUGCGCAUGUAUUUUCCCUUCCCAGCUGGUCAGCAACACAUUGCCUGUAGAGCUCCACAGGCCACCUGCAACCUCUCCAUGGAUCUCCUGGGAGCAGCAGCCCUUUUCCUGGUCAUCUGCCUCUCUUGCCUGACCAUCCUCUCAACAUGGCGGCAGAUGCACCGCAAAAGCCAGAUGCCACCUGGACCAACUCCCCUCCCCUUCAUUGGGAACCUGCUCCAAGUCAACACAAGUGAUGUGUACCGUUCACUCAUGAAGAUCCGUGAGAAAUAUGGUCCUGUCUACACCAUUCACUUAGGGCCUCGCCGUGUUGUGGUCUUGUGUGGAUACGAUGCCGUGAAGGAGGCGCUGGUGGAUCAGGCUGAAGAGUUCGGUGGCCGUGGAAAGCAAGCCACGUUUGACUGGCUUUUCCGGGGUUACGGGGUUGCCUUCAGUAACGGGGAACGGGCCAAACAGCUACGCCGAUUCUCCAUCAUGACGCUGAGGAAUUUUGGGAUGGGAAAGAGAUCCGUCGAAGAGCGGAUCCUGGAGGAAGCCCACUUCCUGCUGGAAUCCCUGAGGGCAACAAAAAGUGCCCCCUUUGACCCCACCUACAUGCUGAGCCGCACGGUGUCCAACGUCAUCAGCUCCAUCGCCUUUGGCGACCGCUUUGAAUACGAAGAUCAGGAGUUCCACUCCUUGCUGAGCAUGAUGCUGGGUAGCCUCCGGUUCACUGCCACCUCUUGGGGACAGCUCUACGAAAUGUUCUCAGGCAUCAUGCAGUACCUGCCAGGCCCACAGCAGGAAGCCUUCAAGCAACUCUUAGGGUUGGAGAAGUUCAUCACAAGGAAAGUAAAAGCCAAUGAGGAGACCCUGGACCCCAACUCCCCUCGGGAUUUCAUCGACUGUUUCCUUGUGAAAAUGCAAGAGGAAAAGGAAAACCCACACUCUGAGUUCUCCCUAAGGAAUCUGGUUUUGACUACCCUCGCCGUUUUCUUUGCUGGCACAGAAACUGUCAGCACCACCUUGCGUUAUGGCUUCCUUCUUCUGCUGAAAUACCCAGAGGUUCAAGAGAAGGUCCAAAAGGAGAUUGAGCGUGUGAUUGGCCGGAAUCGCAGUCCCAGCAUGAACGACCGGCCCCUGAUGCCCUAUACGGAUGCUGUGAUCCAUGAGAUCCAGAGAUUCUCUGACAUAAUUCCUAUGGGAGUAUCACGACGAGUGACCCGUGAUACUCAAUUCUGGGGAUACACCAUUCCCAAGGGAACUGAAGUGUUUCCCAUGCUUGGGUCUGUGCUGAGAGACCCUCGACAUUUUGCAAGACCAGACAUGUUUGACCCCCAGCACUUUCUGGAUGGGAAUGGGCAGUUCAAGAAGAAUGAGGCUUUUAUGCCUUUCUCUAUUGGGAAACGCUAUUGCUUUGGAGAGCAGCUAGCCCGGAUGCAACUCUUCCUCUUCUUCACCAGCAUCCUGCAGAACUUCCACAUCAAAUCUCCCAUCCCACCUGAAAAGAUUGACGUCUCUCCCAUGCUGGUUGGCUUUGUCACCCUUCCACAUUUUUAUGAGAUGUGUGCCAUUCCCCUCUGAAGCAGGACUUGAAGAAGUGGAGCCCCAUCGUCACCCACCUUGGCCACCCAAGUGUCAAAGGAGGAGGCAUUUUUCAACAUGUAAAACACCAGAACAGGCUAACCAUACCAAGUCUUGAUUCUUUCUUUUGAAUUUCCAUUAGCUCUGUUUCCAUUUGUGGAAUUUCUUUACUCUGCAUUUCUUUUGGAAUCGAUCUCACAGGUGAAUAAAUAUCUGGUCCCUGGCUCUCUGCCCUCUUCCUCCUCUACCCACUUCCCCGAGGCACCUCUCCUCUUUCCCCUUUCUGACCAUCAGCAUCCCUCCUGGCAUCUAGUCCAACCAU